AUGCUCGGCAUCGAGACGACCUUUGAUGACACAGGCAUCGCCCUUGUCCGUGGCGAUGGCACCGUCCUUGGCGAGGCCGUCUCGUCGCAGCGGCGGCUCAACUCGCAGUUUGGUGGAACGGUGCCGUCGCUGGCGGCCGAGGCGCACAGGGCCCGGUUCCGCGGCGUUCUUGCCGAUGCGCUCGCCGAUGCGGGCGCUACGCUCGCAGACGUCGAUGCUGUGGCGGUUGCGGUCGGUCCAGGACUCUCGGCUUGUCUGCGUGUCGGUGGCGAUCUCGCCAACGGGCUAGCCGCAGCAGCAGGGCUUCCGCUGUAUGCGGUGAACCACCUUGAGGCGCACCUGCUCACCGCCCGGUUGACCGAGCAGCCGCCACCGACCUUUCCGUUUGUCUCACUCCUGGUGACCGGCGGCAACACGCAGGUCAUCCUCGCCGAGGCCUUUGGUCGCUACACUCUGCUCGGCCAGACCCUUGAUGAUGCCAUCGGCGAGGCCUUUGACAAGACCGCGCGUACGCUCGGCGUCGAUCUUGCAGCGGGCUCGGGCGGGGCGGGGGUCGAGACCCUGGCAGCGGCCGCUACCGCGCCGGCCACCUCGGCCAUCCGCUUCUCUAUCCCCAUGAAGAGCCACGACUCGAUGGACUUUUCAUUCUCGGGCCUUAAGACCGCGCUCGCCACCCGCGCCGCCACCGAGGCCGCCGCCGCCGGCGUCGAUGCGCCGGCCGCCCUGCCACUCGCCACCCGCGCCGGCCUCGCCGCCGCCUUCCAGGACGCGGCCUUUGGCCACGUGCUCGACAAGACAAAGCGGGCGCUGGCACACGCACGGGCACAGUUGGCGCUUCCAGAUGACGCGCCGCCGCUCCCGCUUGUUCUCUGUGGCGGGGUGUCGGCCAACGCCGCGCUGCGGGUCGAACUGGAGGCCGCCACCGCCGACGCCGGCGCCACUCUGGUCACCACGCCGCUGAGGCUGUGCACCGACAACGGCGUCAUGAUCGCGUGGGCUGGCCUCGAGCACAUGGCCGCAGGCACAGAGCCCGUCGACCACGUCGUCACCGACCCGCGGCUCGUCCUCACCCACGCCUCGUUCUCCACCAAGCCAUGA